AUGGUGGGAGGAAGCCAUAAAGCUACUUCAAAGGAAUGUGGACCUGACCGAGUGAACCUCACCAUUAAUCUGUUUUGGCAAAUCUGGAAAGCACGAAACAGAAGAGUUUUUGACAAUGAAAUCCAGAAUUCACCCAACAUUGUCUCCAAGGCGCAAGUGGAAUGGCUGGAAUAUGAGCAUGCAAGGGAGGAAGAAAAGGAGCAGACUGCAACGGCAAACAUCAAGGAGCAUCAAACGCGUGGCCAAACAGCAGGGGAUGAUGACGUUUGCUUAUUCACGGAUGCGGCGAUAUCAUCAAGGAUGAUCAGGACGGGUCAAGGCAUUGUUGCAAGAAAGUGGAACGGAAUGAUCAUGAAAGCGAAGGCAAUAGUCAAUCAAUAUAAGGGGGAACCAAGUAAAGAAGAAGCUUUAGCAAUUAGGAAUGCAAUGCUGAUGGCUAAACAGGUAGGAUGGACUAAAAUUACAAUCCAUUCGGAUAGCAAAUCAGUUAUUGACCAGAUACAUAGUGGCCAUGAGUAUGAUAGUACCAUUGCAACUAUUCUGGAAGAUGUGCAGGAUUUGACUUCACAUUUUGUAAGCUGUAGGUUUGUGUGUAUAUCUAGAACAGAAAAUGAAAUUAGCCAUGCUCUAGCUCAGUUUGCUAUUCAGCUAGUGAAUGAUAUUGAAUUUCCCAGUUUGGCUGAUGGAUUUAGUGAGGAAGCAAAUGAGGGUAGUUGCCCCUUUUUGUAA